CUGUCAUACGCAUUGCAGAUUUGUAUUGCUCGCGGAUUCUCAUAGAUUUUAAAUUGGAAUAAAAAUAUUAAGUAGACUCAGUCGAAACAACAUUUAAGAUGUUGAGAUUAGGAAUUCGUUCGAUGAUAACAACUAUAGUACGGUCAAGGGGACUGCUUACGAAAUUGCCGACACCUAUGCGAAUGCAAAAACUAAACAGCCAUCACGAUGGACCGACACAGCCGUUUGAUAACAUGCCUUUCAAAGUUACCAAUCGGUACCUGACAACGAUAAUUUUUGCAUUCAUGUUCGGCUCCGGCCUUUGGGCGCCUUUCUUUAUUGUAUGGUACCAAAUGGCUAAAAAGACAUUGUGAAUGUCAAGAUUACCUUUUAAAUAAA